ACGCGCGCGCGCGCGCGCGCCGAUUCUUUUAACGGACAUUCGCCGAGGUUAGAAGGAUGAGUGCGGUGCUCCAGCAGCAGCAGCAGCAGCAGCAGCAGCAGCAGCAGCAGCAGCAGCAGCAGCAGCGGCAGAGCACCGUUGAGAGAGAGCUCGAGGACGUGGACGCGAUGAUCGAAGAGAAGAACCAGUUGAUUAAUCACCAGUACGCGGAGAUCGAGAGGCUGCAGCGCGAGCUCACGGAGGUCAUCAGCGAACGGGACGCGCUUCUCUGCGACGUCUCGAAAUUCAAGUUCGAGCUCGAGAUGGCCGACCUCAAGAGGCUGCAGGACGACAGCUUCCCACAGAAGAUGGAACGGCUGGGGAAGGGCCAGACGGGCGUCUGCGGAUACUCGUCCUCGGUGGCACAGCCUGCGCUGUCCUCGUCCUACAUGACGGGCCAGUACAUGUACAGCCAGAACUACGCGCACGGCCCGUAUCCCCAACAGUAUCAGCAGCACGGCAACUACGGCCAGGCCCAGAGCUACGGGCCCCAUGUCCAGGCCUACGGCGGCGGUCAGCCAAUGCAGUCGCCCUACCAGCAGGGCUGCCACAAGAAGUCCUCCAUGCGCAACGGGGACGUGAUGAAGCGGUGCCGACUGCAGGCCGCGUACGAGCUGUCGCAGGAUUUGCUCGAUAAGCAGAUCGAAAUGCUGGAGCGUAAGUACGGAGGUGUGAAGGCGCGCAACGCCGCGUUGACGAUUCAGCGGGCGUUUCGGCGCUACACGCUCCUAAAGAAAUUCGCCGCGAUCACGGCUAUGGCCAAGGCUGAGAAGCGGCUGAGCCGUAAGCUCCAGGAUGCGGCGGACCGUCAGGACCUCCAGGAGCAGCGACUCGCUUAUCAUAACCAGGUCUACGUGCAGCAACCUCAACACCAGCAGCAGCCUCAGCAUCACCAGCAACAGCAGCAACACCAUCACCAUCAUCAUCUACAACAACAACAACAACAACAACAGUCGCCGCUUAACCGGCCGACGCCCACGCGUAGCAUGUCUUUGAGGGAGAGGCGGCACGCGGGUGCCGUCGUCGUCGAUGGCUCGGCUCUCGGCUGUUCGACACCAAUGCCCAGGAGUCAAAGUGGACGCUGCGAGAUACAAAUCACCGCUCACCAGAACCAGGUCACGAGUCACGGGGCUCACCAGCUGGUGAAUCACAGCGCCCACUCCAGCGGUAGGCACACGCCGUCGCUCACGUCGAGUCCUUGCGGCAGACAUCAGCAACAGCAGCAGCAACAGCAACAGCAACAACAACAACAACAACAACAACAGCAGCAGCAGCAGCAGCAGCAGCAACCACCGCCUAGUCCUUGUUGGGAGUCAAGUUCGCAGGAAAGCGGCUCCAGCAUUCAUUACUAUAAUCCUCAGGAUACGCUGUGCGGACUGAGACAGGAGACGCCGCCGCGCGACGUACACCGCAUGACGCCAUGCACGUCGCCCUCGGCGCCUUCGAGCCUCCAGACGCAGAUGCAGCAGCAGCAGAAUUGGUCGAGCAGCACCUCGCAGUUGAGCACCUCGAGCGGGGGCAGGUCGACCGGCAGGGCCUCGACCGGCUCCUGCGGCAAGAAGGUGCCGCCCGAAGUGCCCAAGAGGACAUCCUCCAUCACCUCGAGGUCCAUGGAGCAGAGGCACAACGGCCUCAGCAAGAGCGUGGAGAACGGGAGCCUCAGCUCGGUCCAGAGCUCCGGCAGCGACUCGACCAAUUGCGAGAGUUCCGAGGGUGACGCGCAGAGGGCAUCGCCCGUGUGGAAGCACAAGCCAAUCUCGAGCUCACCGGAACAUCAAGAGAUGGUCCACGCCAACGAUAGCGGCGCUAUGCUAAACAGCGCAAAGGACCUCGGACACUCGCACGCUUCCUCGAGCUAUCAGUUGCCCAUGAUGGAUCACGCCGAGACUAUGUCCCAGACGAGCUACAAGGUCUCGGAGACGGUGCGCAAGCGCCAGUAUCGCGUGGGCCUGAAUCUAUUUAACAAGAAGCCCGAGCGCGGCAUCAACUAUCUCAUACGACGUGGCUUCCUCGAAAACUCGCCCCAGGGCGUCGCGCGCUUCCUUAUCAGCCGGAAGGGCCUUUCCAAGCAGAUGAUUGGCGAGUACCUCGGCAAUCUCCAGAGCUCCUUCAACAUGGCCGUGCUCGAGUGUUUCUCCCACGAAUUGGACUUGGCGGGAAUGCAGGUGGACGUGGCGUUGAGAAAGUUCCAGGCCUACUUCCGCAUGCCCGGCGAGGCACAGAAGAUCGAGCGACUGAUGGAGGUGUUCAGUCAGCGCUAUUGCCAGUGCAAUCCCGAGGUGGUGUCGAGACUCCGCUCCCCGGACACGGUCUUCGUUCUCGCGUUCGCCAUCAUCAUGCUCAACACGGACCUCCACACACCGAACCUCAAGCCCGAGCGUCGCAUGCGCGUCGAGGACUUCAUGAAGAACCUACGCGGCAUCGACGACUGCGGCGACAUCGACAAGGACAUUCUCGUGGGCAUUUACGAGCGAGUCAAGGCCAACGAGUUCAAGCCCGGCUCAGAUCACGUCACGCAGGUGAUGAAGGUCCAGGCGACGAUCGUCGGCAAGAAACCCAACAUGGCGCUGCCCCAUCGUCGGCUCGUCUGCUAUUGCCGGCUUUACGAGAUACCCGACAUCCACAAGAAGGAGCGACCGGGCGUCCACCAGCGCGAGGUCUUUCUCUUCAACGAUCUCCUCGUCGUCACCAAGAUACUCAGCAAGAAAAAGAGCAGCGUCACCUACACCUUCAGGCAGAGCUUCCCACUUUGCGGUAUGGUCGUCACGCUGUUCGAGGUCUCUCAUUAUCCUUACGGCAUUCGACUCACGCAGCGCGUCGACAAUAAGGUACUAGUCACGUUCAACGCUCGUAACGAGCACGACCGCUGCAAGUUCGUGGAGGACCUCAGGGAGUCCAUCAGCGAGAUGGACGAGAUGGAGACGCUGAGAAUAGAAACGGAGCUAGAGAGGCAGAAGAGCAGCAGGGGCACGCGCAGCAGCACCGAGAAUCGCGACUCCGGUGUCGCGGACGUUGAGGUUUGCCCGUAUCCGGGUCCUUGCUCCGAGAGGUCCGAGGUCAUCGACAUGGACUCGCAGCUCAAGCGAUCCGCGCUAAGCAACUCGCUACUCGACAUACACGAACAAUUCGCUGGCGAAAAACCGCAGCGCCGAGGUAGCGUCGGCUCCCUGGACAGCGGCAUGUCAAUAUCGUUUCAAUCGACGUCCGCGAGCUCAAUGAGCCAGGGCGCAAAGGGAGUAACGAUGGCGGGAGGACAUCAAAUGCUCGUUCACGGACUACAUCCUGGGACCGCGAUUCCAGGCGGUACCAAGAGCACGUCUAUAGCCCAGCAGCCCUCCUUCCUUGGCAGCCUCUUCAAUAAGCGCGAGCGCAAGCUCUCCCACACCGAGGACCCGACGACAGUGUCCUUGGCGGCUGGGACUGUAUCGGUACCCGGACAAGCCGUCCCUUACGGCCGUACCACCGAAGUCUAGCCGCAACUCAACUGUACAUCAUCAUCGUUUUCAUCCU